AUGGGGCUGCAUGUAACGUUAUUGAUACUUGGAGUAACGAUACUCCAACAGGGAAUAUCCCUUGAAGUACAUGCACCACGUGUCGCCGUUAUAGGGGGUGGUAUCGGUGGUGCGUCUGCCUCGCAUUUUCUCACUGAAUUGUUGAAGGAAUCUGUAGAAGUCGACUUGUACGAGGCGAAGACUAUCGGUGGACGACUGGCGACCGUCAAGAUUGAUAAAGAUGAAGUCGAAGCUGGUGGUUCAAUUAUACAUUCUAAAAAUAUGUAUAUGCAGAGAUUUGUUAAACUCUUGGGUUUGGAAAAGAAUCCUUCCAGUGAUGAAACAUUUGGCAUAUGGAACGGAGAUGAGUUUAUAUUCAUAGCAAGUGAUUGGUCCAUAAUAUCGCUGAUGAAAUUAUUCUAUAGAUACGGCUUUCAAUUGUAUAAUCUCAAGAGUCUUGUAAGCAACAUGAUAGAAGAUUUCGUGAAGAUAUAUGAUCUACAGGAUGCAGGGCAAUCCUUUGCCAAUGUCACUGCGCUACUAUCAGCUAUGAAUAAGGAUUUUCCGAAAUUAUUGGAGAUGUCUAUGAAAGAAUAUCUUUUGCAUAAGGGUUGCACAGAGAAAAUGAUCAAUGAAUUAGUGGAAGUCGCUAUCGUAGUGAAUUACGGUCAGGAAGUCGAUAUCCAAAGUUUCGUUGGUUCCAUAGCUGUGGCUGGGACAGACGGUGAAUUAUGGUCUAUUAAAGAUGGAAAUAAAGGGGUACCGGAGCAUCUCAUUUACAGAAAUAAGAAAGUAAAUGUAGUACCAAGCCGUGUUACAAAGAUUCGCAAUUUAUCAAACGGUCAUGAUUUAAGUCAAUACGAAGUGACUUACAUAAAUAAAGGUAGCACUGAUCCAAUGACGUCUAACUACGAUAUCGUAAUUAUCGCCGCGCCACUUACUAGCGAUCAAGAAUUUCAAAUAGAAUUUAUCGAGUUUCCGGAUAACUUGGUGUUUCCAGGAAAAUAUCAGACAACGUAUGCGACGUUCAUCAAAGCGAAUCUUAAGCCAAAGUACUUUGGCUUGCAAGAACCUUUGGAUGGGAUUCUAAGUUGCAAUCCCAACAAAACAACGAUUAGUUCGGUCGGGAAAGUGGAUUCUGUUGAUGGUUCAAUUAGGAAAGAUCCACAAGUUUGGAAGGUCUUUAGCAGAAAACCUCUAGAGACAAGUCUUGUACACGAUAUGUUUUCUAAGGUCAUCGAGAAAAAGGAAAUUGCUUGGAAAGCAUAUCCCCGUUACUCGACAAAGAUGAACUUUAAUAAUUUCAAACUGCAUGAUGCGCUAUAUUAUGUUAAUGCAUUUGAGUGGGCCGGAAGUACGAUGGAAAUGAGUGCAAUAGCUGGAAGAAACGUCGCUAUUUUGGCAUACAAAGAUUUUCUUCAGAAAUUCCGUAAUUCUAUACUGGAUAAAGAAACUUCUGAAGAUACAUCUAAAAAAUUACAUUAUUCCGAGGAUUUAUAAUAUCUUAUUUACUGUUAACAGAUUUUAUAUGGACACGAGAGUAUUUUUAUAGCACGUAAGUGCAAUGUUGUAUAUAAAAGAAGUUACAAAAUGAACCAAAAAUAA